AUGGUUAGGAAGACCCGCAACACCUGUGCCAGCACGGCUUCUGUCUCCGCCACCUGCGCCUGUAGCCAGACAGAGCGCCUGAGCAUGGAUGCUUCUACCCAGAUCCUGGGGCCGGUGACCUUCGAGGAGGUGGCUGUGUAUUUCACCAGGGACGAGUGGGCUCUGCUGGACCCCACUCAGAGAGCUCUCUACAGGGAUGUCAUGCAGGAGAACUAUGAGAAUGGGACCUCACUGGCAGGGUUUCCCUUUUCAAAACCUGACGUGAUCUCCCAGCUGGAACGAGGGGAGGAGCCGUGGGUCCUGGAUCUCCAGGGCUCUGAGGAAGGAGAGAUCCUGAGAGCUGCCUGCACAGGUGCUGGGAUGGUGAGUGAGAACGAGGAGCUGAAUCCUCAGCAGGAAGAUGCUAAGCAAGUGGAAGCACACGGGGGAUUAUUGCAAGGAUCCCAAGGGAAUGUGUCCAGGUGUCGUGUGCAGGGAAAAGCCUGUGAGAGUCAGGACAGGCCAGAGAGGCAGCAGGGAAACCAGCCCAGGGAGAAAGUGGGCAAAUCCAUUAAUUGUCAGGGGACUCACCAGAACUCCAAGGAAAUCACAGCCCAGCAGAGAAUACCCACAGAAGAGAGAAAAAACACAUGCACUGAGUGUGGGAAACACUUCACUCUGAACUCCACCCUCGUUAGACAUCAGCGGAUCCACACGGGAGAGCGCCCCUACAAAUGCUGUGAGUGUGGGAAACAGUUCAGAGAGCGCCCCUACGAAUGCUCUGAGUGCGGGAAACAAUUCAUUGAGAAAUCAAAAUUUAUCAAACAUCAGACAAGCCACACGGGAGAGAGACCCUAUGAAUGUUGUGAGUGUGGGAAACAGUUCAGUGAGAAAUCAAACCUUACUAAACAUCAGAGGAUUCACACAGGAGAGAGACCGUAUAAAUGCUGUGAGUGUGGGAAAAGCUUCGCUUUCAAAUCAGAUGUUAAUAAACAUCAGAGGGUCCACACAGGAGAGCGCCCCUAUGAAUGCUGUGAGUGCGGGAGACAGUUCAGUCAGAAAUCAAACCUUAGCGCACAUCAGAGAGGCCACGCAGAGCAGAGUCCCUAUGAGUGCUGUGAGUGUGGGAAAAAAUUCACUCAGCGCUCAGGCCUUAUUAAUCACCAGAGAAUCCACACGGGAGAGCGACCCUAUACAUGCUCUGAGUGGGGGAAACAGUUCAGUGAGAAAUCAAACGUUAUUAAACAUCAGACAGGCCACACAGGAGAGAGACCCUAUGAGUGCUGUGAGUGUGGGAAAAGGUUCACUCAGCGCUCAGGCCUUAUUAAUCACCAGAGAAUCCACACAGGAGAGCGCCCCUAUACAUGCUCUGAGUGCGGGCAAACGUUCACUCAGAGCUCAGGCCUUAUUAAACAUCGGAGGAUCCACACAGGAGAGAAACCCUAUGAGUGCUGUGAGUGCGGGAAAAACUUCACUGAGAGUUCAUCCCUUAUUAGACAUCAGGGGAUCCACACGGGAGAGAGACCCUAUGAAUGCUUUGAGUGCGGGAAAAGCUUCACUUUUAAAUCAGACCUUAUUAAUCAUCAGAGAAUGCACACGGGAGAGCGACCCUAUGAGUGCUGUGAGUGCGGGAAAAAGUUCACUCAGAGCUCAAGUCUCAUCAGUCAUCAGAGGAUCCACCCACGAGAGCAGCCUUUUGAAUUCUGGUCUCCAGUUUCCAAACCUGAGGUGAUGUCCCAGCUGGAACAAAGAGAAGAGUUGUGGGUCUCACAUCUUCAGGGCUUGGAGGAAAGAGAGCUCCUGAGAGGAACCUGCACAGCAGGUGCUGGGAUGGUGAGUGAGAACGAGGAGCAGAAUCCAGAGCAGGAAGAUGCUGAGCACGUGGAACUGUGCGGGGGAUUAUCACAAAGAACUCAAGGAAACAUGUCCUGGAGUCGUGAGGAGAGGCAGCCAAAGGAGGAAGUGGGUAAAUCCAUCAGUUGUGAGGAAAAUCACAAGGACCUCAAGGAAACCACUGCCCAGCAGAGAAUCCUGAUGGGAGAGAGAAAAAACAUGUGCCCUGAGUGUGGGAAAACCUUCCCUCGGCGCUCACACGUUAUUGAACAUCAGAGAAUCCACACAGGAGAGAGACCCUAUGAGUGCUGUGAGUGCGGGAAAACCUUCAGUCGUCACUCACACCUAAUCAGACAUCAGAGAAUCCACACAGGAGAGCGACCCUAUGGGUGCUGUGAGUGCGGGAAAACCUUCACUCGACACUCAACCCUUAUCAAACAUCAGAGAAGCCACAGAGGCGCGCCCCCCUAUGAAUGCUGUGAGUGCGGGAAAACCUUCCCUCGGCGCUCACACGUUAUUGAACAUCAGAGAAUCCACACAGGAGAGAGACCCUAUGAGUGCUGUGAAUGCGGGAAAACCUUCAAUCGUCACUCACACCUAAUCAGACAUCAGAGAAUGCACACAGGCGCAAGCCCCUAUGGGUGCUCCACCACUUUCUUAGGGCUAUUCCUGGCCCUGGGCGUGGUGGCCUUUCUGGGGAUCCUGGCAGCUCUGACCAGCUUCUUGGUGGCUAUUUUCCUGCUCAGAGCCACUGGAUUCUUCUCAUGCCUUGUCCUGGGGGCCCAGCUGCUGCUGGCUGAAUGUGAAGGGGUGAAGGUGCUGGUGACCUCGUCCUGCACCAAGGUGCCUUUGCUCAUCAGACUCCUGAGCCCCAGCUGGAUGUGUUUCUUGUUCUUCUGCACAUCACAGCCGUGGUGA